AUGUCGUUGUUUGAUAAUGGGUAUGUUGUCUUUGUCGACAUAAUUGAAGCCAAAGUGAUGGAAGAAGUUCACAGCUUUGUCACAUGUGAAAUGAAUGAAGAGACGAUACGCACGAAAAUGUCUUCAAAAUCGAAGUCUCCAAUAUACAAUUUUAGAGGAGGACCGCUAGUCUCGAAAAAGAAGAUGGAGUUUGUGAUAUACAAAGUGUCACGAUUUGGGAAGAAGCCGACAGCGAUAGGUGGUGUCGAGAUCAAGUCGAGUAAACUUGGUGUUGAUAUUCCGAUUGAUGAGUGGCAUUCAAUUGUUUCAAACAAGCAGAUAAUUGGGGCUUUACAUCUUCGUUUAACAAGAUCGGCACUGACGCGCCCUCCACGAGUAAAAAAAGUUGGUGAACUGUGGGUAACAAUGAAGACGUUUGAUAGUUUUAUUGAAGACUCUCCAAAGCCCACAGCACUUCGGUCACACUUUCUCUCGAAACCCAAAAACAGGAAUAAGACGUUGUUCUUGCCAAAUGGGCUAUUUUUAGGUAUUGCGAAAAUAGGACUUGCGGACUUGGUUGAAGACCUGAAAGAUUAUUUUGCGAUUGUGGGCCAAAACGAGACAAACCCUUUCUUGAUUCCGUUCAGUGGCGAAAUAAAAGAGAUCUAUCCUCAAAAUUGCGAGAAGAUCCCACAAAACAUUUGGCUUUUUUGUGAGCCUGAUGGGCUUCGAAUAUCUCGUAUACAAAAACCGUACCAAUUUAGACCUUUUGUGAUGACUGAUGCUGAUGGAACAGCACGCUAUGUCGAGUUUUUAAUCACGUAUGAAGAGAUGUCAUCAGAGUCCCAAAGCGAGCUUUGUAAAAAAUUGAACUUCACCGACACGUGUACAAUGUAUGAACCUGUUAUCUUAGCAGUGUUCUGUGAAACCCCAAUUUUCUCAGUCAUGCAGCAGUGGCUUUGGGGGAUACACAGUUCAAAAUUUAUGAAUGGGUAUAAAAAAGAUUAUGACAGCGCGUUUUACGCUGCGUGUGAUGUGAUAACAAACCGCACGGAAAAGGUGAAAAAUGGAGAGAAGAAUUUAUUCCAGAUUUUCGACAGUACAAUGGUCUUGCAAUUUCCACAGCAUAACGAUAUCCCAUAUUCCCCUUUCAAUCUUUCGGAGUUAUUCAAUAUCCUUACCAAGAGUUCAAUUAUUCAGAUAUUCAAUUAUUUGCUGGUCGGUGAACGGUUGGUAUUUAGCUCAAACGACGCUGCUUUACUUGUUCGUACCAUUGAAAAUUUCAAGUUGUUGUUAUACCCCUUACAUUGGGUUUACGUUUGCGUACCAAUAUUACCACGAAUAUUAUUGGAGUAUAUCACCUCACCGUUUCCUUAUAUCUUAGGCCUUCUUGCCUCUUUUCGAGCGGAUGCAGCAGACAUCUUAAGAGAUGAAGAGUUGAUUUUUAUUGAUCUUGACAAUGGUAUCAUAUCGAGUUCUAUUAAACACCACACACCAGACCUCCCCAAUUCUGUGACUGAAAGACUUAUUGACGAUCUAAUGCAAAUUACAAUCAUCGAGUUUGAUGAUGGUGUCGAUGACUUGUGGACACCCCCAUCGCCAAGUAACAUUGCAAUUCAGCUCUGUUUUUUUAAAGCAAUUAUUCAACUUGUUCGAGGCUUUGAAAAGUACGUUGGCUUCACAUGGAUAUCAGAUCAAACAAUCACUCACUUUGAAGGUGACGCCUUUGUUUUGUCACACACAUCAGACCAAGAGGACUUUUUGAAAAGUUUCAUCGACACCUACCCUUUCAAGUGUUUCAUUGACUUUUCCAUCACCGAGUCACAUUCUGCAGCAAGGGAGUGGAUCGAUAAAAAUGUUGAAACUGUGUCAAUAGGUACUUUGACUAAAUUGUACAACUCGAAUGACAACAUCUCCUUUGAAAAGAUGCCAAUAACUUCACCAUUUCCACUGUCGAAAUUGCACUUUGACGUCACUAAGUUAUUGAAAACUAUUCAUCGAUUACCAGAACCAAAGACUGUUUGUUAUAAAGAGUGGUUGACAUGUACUUGGUCAAAAGAUAAUUCGAGUGACGUCGUUAUCGACAAAAAAGCAAAGAAGAUUUCCGUCAUUUCCAACGAAAAAUUUGUCGAUAAAUUGAUCAGAACGAACAACGAGAAUUCUGCACCUCCCGAUUGUGGGACUUUGUUCAACGAUUUGAGUGAUGCCAGAAACCGGUAUCGAUUUUUGAAGUACCUUCACGACAACCAACAUAAAUUUGUUAUUCCAGAAUUUGGGCCUGAAAGUGUGAUCAAUUCUGUCACCGUCAUUUUAGUCGACAUUUUCAAAACAAUCAGCAAAUUUUGCAAUUCACAACAUGACACGUUGUGCGCUACACUCAUUCUUGAAAUCACGAGCCGCCUUUGCCACAUCGAAAAUAUCGUUCAAGAACCUCUUUGUGUUCUAUUGAAAGGGAUGGUCAUUUGGGAUGAUAUGAGUGUUUGGAUGUCAUUGUACCAUUCACAAAUUAACAAGUCAAAAACAGUAGUGUUAGGGGUGAGUCAAGAUGUGUUAUUCAAAACCAUCUCGGAAAUGGAUGAAAAAAUUAAGAAAACGCUCUCAGAGAAAGAAAAUGCAGAGGCAAUAGGAAUCAUUCAUUCAAUUGCUAAGACUAUGAAGUCAAUGGCACUUUCAAACGACUUCAUCAAAAGUUUUGUUUCUCGAAUCACCACAAUGCUUCCUCUCGACGAAAGUAAAAAAGACGACUUGGAAUGUAUCAUCAACGUUAUUACUCGAAUCACACUCGUCUCAGACACUUUCCAGUCGGAUGAUUUGUAUGAUUCGAUCUAUUUUUAG